AUGAGCAAAAUAAAUAUAAACCGUGGAGAGCCUACAUUCAUGCCGAUAUCUGAAGCCGCAAAGUCUGCCGAACAAUAUUUGAAGAAGGGGAAGGAAAUUGAAGAACCGAGGAUCAAGUCGACUUCCAUGAGCAGCAAUACAUCUCGAUACAACGGGGUUCGGAUUCUGGGCGAGGAAAAGCCAAGGGAUACACCCAAAAUUCACGCAGUAAACCCUACUCAACAAAGUUUUAGGAAGGUCACUCCUUCGAUCGUUAGCGCUCUUCAAUCCCAUAGCUUCCACGGUCUGCCCUCCUCAAAAUCUAGUGUUAAGCAAGUCCAAACAUCUCAAUCUUCCAAGUGGAUUCCACCAUACUCACAAGUCCGGAUACUUGAGUCAGACGCAAGAUGUUCAAUCUGCCCCGAAGUUUACCGCAGUCCCACGUUGAACGAUCUCGAAGACAUAAAAUGGAGUACAAUUUAUAAUUGCCCAAAAUGCUUGUCGUUCUACCAUAUUGGCUGCGUCAAAUGCACCUCUUGCCCAAAAUGCACUACAAGAGAUCCUAUUCCAACUGUGGAGGCAACAAUUCCGACUGUGGAAGCACAUAAUCCGACGGUGAAAGCGCCUGUUCUGACUUCGAAGGUCACCUCACAUUUAAAAAAAUUUGCAAAAUUUGCAGGUGAUUUUUGGAAUGAUUACAUUUUUGAUUAA